UAUUUGCAUUGCCUUGGACUGGCAUGAAAUCGACGAAACAGCACAACGACAAUUGACAAUUUAAGGCUGUGCGCAGAUGACUCCCUGAAUAUUAACGAUAAAGGUCGGAUGAUAAUUUAGUAGUCUAACAUUUAAACGUUUAGUGAGGAUGGUUUUAAGAAUUUAUCCUAACCCUUUUUCGUCAUGACCACACGGCGUUACGUCGGAUGAGCCUCAUCAAACCGUCAGUUUGGUAUCGAUACAAAAUCGGGUUUAUUAGGCAAAAACCCCGAAUAUUAUUUGCGCGAUAAAAAUAAUAAUAACGCGAGAGUUUGCAAGUUGCCAGAAGACUGUAGUUGCAGCUGUCAAAGGAAGAGUGGAUACGCGCAUGACUCAACACACAUUACUGUAGCCUAUUACUGUACACGGCCGCGAAGAUAAUUUCCGUAUAAAACCCCGAAAUAAUCCCGAGGUAAGGAACCGCAGACUGCACCGAAAGCGACCGAGGUCGAAUCUUUUAAAACCUUUUUUCCUCUGGUUCAUUUUCUUUUACUCUAACCAACUCGCUUGCAGCUGUUGAAAAUUACUGCACUAAACACAUUUUUGUGACUCCCUUUAGCUCCAGCCAUUGCAAGGAUUUUUUUUUUACUCCUCCUUCAUAUUAAAGUCGCCAUUUUGCUUCACUGCCUAUAUAAAACCUUCUUGUAUUUUAAUGUUUUCUUCACGGAGUCGGAGACGUCUAUCUCUUUCCUGCGUGUCUCCUGAUAUUCACAUUUCUUGAGUUUUCCAACGAGACGAUUGAGAUUAAAGAAGUGCCUCGUGGUUGCCAUAUUAAUGCACGAAAGGGGGAAAAGUGGAUGCUGGAAAUAAGGUGAACGUCUUCAGGAUUUUAAUUGGCAUCUCCUUUCCCCCCCCUCCCUCUUCCUCAUCUUCUUCAUCUCCCCUCGUCUUUCCUCGGAUUCAAAACGGGGACUAGGCGCGUGGCUAACGACCGUGACGACUGUCAGUCCGUCUCCAUCGAAGCCCCCGACCAGACCCGCUUGGAACAGCAGGUGUGAUGGCCAUGUAAGACCGGGAAAGGCGCAUAUACCGCGCGAGGUGUAGCCCUACCGCCUGACCCCCACGUGGGUGACCCCGCCACCCGGCGGCUCGUGUUGGGUGACUCCCGACAUUGCAGCAUGGAGACCCCCAGUAGCCCCCGGCUGGGGAAGCUGUCAUCAGGGGGGGCUUCAAGAGGUCGUCCCCCCAAACAGGCCCACCCCCAGGAGGCUGCCAGGACCACAGCUACAGGCCCAGAGAGCAACAAACAGAGUCCUCCUUGUAGUGAAAGAGGGGAGGGGAAGAAGAAGGGGCGUCCCAGAGCUGAAGUACAGGAUCUGAGGAGUAUUCCUGCUAACAUGAUGGUCCAGUGGAAGGAUGAGUUUAAGAGGAGGUCAAGGGUAAAGUGUCCGUGUUCAGGCUGCUGGUUGGAGUUCCCCAGCAUCUACGGCCUCAAAUACCACUACCAACGCUGCCAGGGGGCAACCCUAGCGGAGAAGUUGAGUCAUGGCUGUCCGGACUGUGAGGCGGUGUUCGCCACUAAGGUCCGGCUCCAGAAGCACAAGCUGUGGAACCACCCAGAGAGAGUUACCGUGGAGACCACGGCCGAGCCCAAACUACAGAAGACCCCCGUGAAGGGGGCCGCCAAGAAAAGGCCUAUGGAGAUUACUACCCCAUCGCCGGUGUUCUUCAAAGUGAAGAAGACCCAGGAUGUGUCUAGUCCCUCCCAGAAUGGGGAGUGUUCCCCCCAGAGGGGGGAGAGGAAACAGCACACACACCCCCAGCCCCCUCAACAUCAACAUCAGGCCUCCUCCUCUGACACCUCCCCCAACACUCCGGAUGGCAGCGAUAGCGAUGGUGAGGGGGGAAGCCUCCUCCCACCGUAUCCAGAUGAAGACCCUGAGAGGACAAGGCACAGACGGAAGCAGAAAACUCCUAAAAAGUUCACUGGAGAACAGCCCUCCAUCUCUGGGACGUUCGGACUGAAAGGUAUGAACAAGGUAGAGGAGAAGCUAAAGGCUGGUCGUGUGAAGAGAUCAGAGGGAGGUCUGUUCAGCGAGGAGCCCCAGAGGAAGAACCCUGGCCCAGCCUCCAGAAGAGACCCACCACCCCUCACCUCUGGUACUCCAGCAGAGGCACAGUGGCAGCAUGCCAUCUCAGAGCGAGGCGAGGUGCUCUGUCCUACCUGCUCCAUCGUCACCAGAAAGACCGUCUCCGGCCUUAAGAAACACAUGGAGAUCUGCCAAAAGCUCCAGGAUGCCCUGAAGUGCCAGGAGUGCCACAAACAGUUCAGGUCCAAGGCCGGACUCAACUACCAUACAAUGGCUGAGCACAGCAGCAAGGCCUCGGGGAGCGAGGGCCAGACGGGGGACAGGCAGGAGGAGAGAGAGAGGCUGCGCAGAGUGCUCAAACAGAUGGGACGAAUCAAGUGUCCUAACGAGGGCUGCUCGGCCCAUUUCUCCAGUCUAAUGGGGUACCAGUACCAUCAGAAGCGCUGUGGCAGAGAGCUGUCAGAGGAGGACAAGCCUGUGUUUCUGUGUCAGCACUGUGGGAAGACCUACCGCUCCAAGGCUGGCAGAGACUACCACCUCCGCACUGAACACCGUACCCCCACCACCCCAAACACCACCAACAUCAACGAUACCAACAACACUAACGCCAGCAGAGGGGUGAGCACAGAGGACUCCCAGACACAGCUUGGGGGAAGGAGGGAGCUGAACCACACGGAGAGAGAGAGGAAGGAAAAGGAGAAGUGGCAAGAGUUGUCUGCAGGUAGGGAGAAAGAGAGAGAGGAGGGGAGAGAGAGGGGUGGGGAGAGAGAGGGGCUGGGGGAGGACUUUGAGAGGACUCCCAGUGGUAGGGUGAGACGUCGGUCGGCCCAGGUAGCAGUGUUCCACCUGCAGGAGAUAGCAGAGGAUGAACUGACCAAGGACUGGGGAACCAAGCGCCGCAUCAAAGAUGACCUAGUACCGGACAGCAAGAGGUUGAACUACACUCGGCCUGGCCUUCCCAAGUUCAGUCCCAAGCUGCUGGAGAGCUGGAAGAACGAGGUCAAAGAGAAGGGUUUCCUCUGCUGCUCAAACGGAAGCUGUGAAGCUGUUUACUCCAGUGUGUCUGGGCUCAAAGCUCAUCUAGCCAACUGUAACCAGGCAGGGGGCGACGCAGGGAAGUACACCUGUUUAUUGUGUCAGAAGGAAUUCAGCUCAGAAAGUGGUGUCAAGUACCACAUCAGCAAGACACAUUCACAGAACUGGUUCCGAGCCUCUAGCCAUGUGGUGCCCAGCAGCAGCAAGAGCAAACCGGCAGAAAAUAAAGAGUUUGAGAAAAAGGAGGUUAAGAACGGUGCCACCACAGGAAAGAAGAGAGGCCGCAAGCCCAAAGAGCACCCCCCUCAGGCCACCCCUGUCCAAACAAAGACUCCUUUCAGUUCCACCCAAAUCUCAUCCUCCACCCCCACCCCGAACCCAACUUCAGCCGCCACCCCGAACACGGCCCAAGUCCAGCACCAAGCCCAGUCCCCGACAGAGAGGGUGAACCUGGAGACCCCGACAUUUAACAGACAGCCCAACCCCCCUACCACAAGGAAGGGAAAGACCAAGAGGGUGCCCCCUCCCUCAGAGUAGAUCUGCUUUCACUAACCCAGGAGCCAGAGAGGAUGCUAUCUCUCUGACGUGCCAUCCACAUUACGCCAGUAAGCUCAAAGACGUUAUGGACGACACGAGGACUGGGGGACAGCGAACGAAACUAAAAAUAACCAUAGAGACAUGAAAACAAUUCGAUCAUGCUUUUGAUUUGACUCUGAUCUUUGUGUUUUAACCCUAUACUGUAUAAGGUGUAUGUGUCUACUGGUAUAUGCUGAUGUAACAGUUCAUUUUUUUCUCCAUUCCAUUUCUAAGCAUCAUUUCAGUUAAGCUAUUCACAACAGGGAUUAAUUGUCAUCAAAGUUCAAAUCCAACUCAAUAUAUAAAUAGCAUUUUCUAAACAAAAGUCAUAUUUCAAUAGAAUUUUGCAUAAUUCCCUAUACAUGUCUGUAGAUUCAUGUUGUGCUUGAGAGAUUUUUUAAAGGAUAUUCUAUUAGCAUGGUGAGGUAAUUUACUGCUAGUGAUUUUUCAAUGGAUAUACUGUACUGUGUAUAUAUACAAUAUCUAUAUCUAUAUAUCUAUAUACUCAAAGCAAUGACGUCAUCCAUAGUUUUUUCAAGGCAGGAAGGUCAAAUUUGCAUUUUGUUGUUUUCCACUUUGGCGUCUUAAGUUAGUUUUUCAUUGUGGCAGCUGAAUGCCGAAGUAGAGAUCUUUUUUUCAUCAGUCUGCUUCAGUGCAAUACACUCAUUGUGUUUUGGCCCAGAGUACACACUGUUACGCAUAAAUCAAACUCUUUCUUCUGUUCUUAUGCUGUUCAAGUAUUUAUAGUCAUUUUGUUCAUUUCAAAUUUACACUGAAAUGGGGGAUUUAUUUUUUAUUUUACAUAUGAUAUGAGAUUUUAUCAAUUUUUGAGACAGUAAUUAUACCUUGGGGCACAAGAGUAUGAUUGAGGAUGUUUACGCAAACAUUUCUAAACUAAAAUCUGUAUCUACACCAAGCAAUGUAAACGGCAUAUUCACAAAGUUUGAAGAUGAAAAUUUUUUGUUGAAUAUAUGUUUCCACUGCUUUUGUUGCCAAUUAUGGACUAAAUGCUGAAUCAGUGGGAAAGUAUUUGACCAGAGUUGCACCAUUGCAGCACAAUCAAAUGAGUUGUCACCAUUUUGGAGAUUGAAGUCCAAAUUGAGGAUGAUCUGGAAAAAUCUACUUGCUCUUGUUUGAAUGAAAUAAUUCAGAAAAGGGAGUGGCAUAUGUCUUUUUUAUAGAAAAUUGAAGUCAGUUUGAAAAUAAUAUUUUAUGAAACGAAAAAGAAAUCCUGCAAAUAUAGUUUCUAAAAACACUUGUCUUGCACUAACCCUAACACCUUCCCUCCCUUCCCCUGUUGUGUCUUUCUGCACUUGAAGAGCACUGCUAAUCUUUUCCCCCAACAUUAAUGCUCCAGAAGAGGCUGCCCUUAGACACAGAUCUAGGAACCAGCCUGCCCUCCCUAAAUUCUAACCUUAACCAUUAUGGGCAAAGACACAAAACUGGCCAUAGGUCCGUGUCUAAGGGGCAGUUUCACCCUAUUCAAACCUUAACCCCCUAUAUGGGGGGUUGUAACCAGGACUAAAAAAGAACCAGAGUGGUGUCCAAAAGAAGUACUUUUAGUCCUCUGUGACCCGCAUUCUAACCAGAUUCAAUGACAAAUGGGAAACUAACAGGGCCACCUGUCUAACUCAGAAUCCUAACAAAGCCAUACAUGAUCCUCAGAAAUGCAAAACAUUUAGGCUGUUUUACCAGUCAUAACUGUUUUAUUGUCAAAUGAAUUAAGUCUAAAUUAAAUGUCUUUAAUUUAUGAAAAAUACUAGCAUGUGCAAUCAGAGAAUUUUAAGAUGUUAUCUAUGUAAUAAUUACUUAAAGUAGAUACUUGAAUUCACACAAAACAAAUGAAAUAAUUUGAUUGAAAUAAAACCCCUAAAAUCUUUCAUUUAUAUUUAUAUCAAUAGAGCAGAAUAGCUUGCUCUCAAAGCUACAGAUCUAUUUUAUAAUCACGUGUGUAUAUUAUCUAGUUAAUAUGAUAGCAAGGGGAGUUUGUAAAAAGUGAAUGGUUAUAUGGUGCAAUUUAAUCAGUCUGCUUGUUCAUCCAGCACAGUUUUCCAUAAAAUUGUCCUAAAAUUGUACUUUGCAUUAUGUCCAAAUACAGAUACUUAACUCAUACCAUAAUGUAAUAUUAACCCUUGUGCUGACAUUUUGUGUUCCUCAAGUUAGGAUUCAGCCCAAUAUCACCAUUGCAAUUGAAUUAGAUUUUGUAGAUGUCAGCCUACAUUGCUUUAAUCGAUAAUGGUCUAUUUUGGGAUGAUAGGAAUUCUCAAAGGGAUAGUGUGAGAUUUGGGCAAUCAAGUCAGAUGAACUCAUUGAUACCAUUUCAUGUCUCUGCGUCCAGUUUGAAGGAAGUUCAAGGUAUUUUCUGGAGCGAUUGUUAAUGACUGGAAGUCUAUGGGAUCAGCUAGCUUAAUGGCAGAAAUCUCUCACUAUCCCUUUCACGAAGGACUGGGUGUAGGCUACAUCCCUUACAUUGCAUUACGAUGAAAUACCUCCCGUAUUGUUAUAUUCACAUUUGAUAGAUGAACAACAGAGGUUAGAUAGACAAGCACUGACGGUACCUUGCGCUUUUCAAAUCCAGUUGUUCAGACCUUGGCCCUUGGCUCUCGUCUAGUGACUGGCUUGUGUGUAUAGGGAGAAUGAGAACCUUGGCUGGAGUUCAGUUAUAGAACAUGCAUCCUCACAAAGGCUUUGCAGAAACAUUCUACAGGCUACACAUGAAUUCCAACCCUUUAUUAUGAGAGGAUGUUAAGAACAGUUAGUAGUUGGGUGUGGAGUUUUGGCACAGUAUCAAUUAUGAGUUGCUUGUUGAUUUGUUUGAUUUUUAUGUCAUAUUGACUGCUAUUGUUUACCUGACAAGCUUUGGUGUUUGCAAUAUAAUAGUUUAGCACUGCUUACCAUUGUGGAUAUUAUUAUAUACUUUAUUUGACCCUUUACUACCUGUCUUCCUAGAUGAUGUGGGAAACACAUAUCCCGCAGUUUGAGCUAAUGUAGAAUACAGCAGCAACUGCAACAAUAUGUUUAGAGAGUACAGCAAUACACCAUAUUUUGUCGGUCACAUUGGCUUGCUAAUGUUUUGAUAUCCAGUGUAAUUGACACAUUUAAUGGCUAAUUUAUUUCACCUACCCUAAUCCCUUUGUUUGUUUGCUUAAGGAUUUUCUUUUCUCAGUGACAAAUCAAAAAAAGAAGAAAAAAAUGAAACAAAAAAGUUGAAGUGAAAGUCCAUCAAAUGUGAUGGUCUGUGUUGAAAUACACUGUUUAACGUGUUGAAAUACACUGUUUAACGUGUUGAAAUACACUGUUUAACGUGUUGAAAUACACUGUUUAACGUGUUGAAAUACACUGUUUAACGUGUUGAAAUACACUGUUUAACGUGUUGAAAUACACUGUUUAACGUGUUGAAAUACACUGUUUAACGUGUUGAAAUACACUGUUUAACGUGUUGAAAUACACUGUUUAACGUGUUGAAAUACACUGUUUAACGUGUUGAAAUACACUGUUUAACGUGUUGAAAUACACUGUUUAACGUGUUGAAAUACACUGUUUAACGUGUUGAAAUACAAUGUUUAACGUGUUGAAAUACACUGUUUAACGUGUUGAAAUACACUGUUUAACGUGUUGAAAUACACUGUUUAACGUGUUGAAAUACACUGUUUAACGUGUUGAAAUACACUGUUUAACGUGUUGAAAUACACUGUUUAACGUGUUGAAAUACACUGUUUAACGUGUUGAAAUACACUGUUUAACGUGUUGAAAUACACUGUUUAACGUGUUGAAAUACACUGUUUAACGUGUUGAAAUACACUGUUUAACGUGUUGAAAUACACUGUUUAACGUGUUGAAAUACACUGUUUAACGUGUUUGGCGAUGCACAUUUCAUUUAGCUCUUCGGAACACAUUGGCACACACAUGGAGAAUGUUCAGUUGUCGAUAUCUGAGGGUGAACAAGGAGGCGUGUGUGUGUGUGUGUGUGUGUGUGUGUGUUUGUUUUUAGUGCACUUACUAUCCAAUGAAAUAGGCUUGAAUUAGGAGUGUUGUCUCCAGAGCUUUUUUGUGGUCUGGACUGUGUGUGGUUUGACUUUUGUAUCUGGGCAUAGGCUAAGGUGUCUUCCCUUUUUCACUAAAUGCUAUUUCCCCCUUUAAUGUUUUAUCUUACAAACAUUCUCAAUCUCAAACGGCUUCAGAUUACUCUUUGUUUUGAAAAUGGACCAUUAUAGAGAGGAUACAAAAUGAUUGGUUAUAUUGAGAAGAAUACCUAUGAUGUUUUUCCUGUUUUCUAUGUUGAAGUUGUUCAUAUCUGAAGCUAUAUCCUAACUAGGGAGGCACCACACCUCUGAAUCUGGUCUGUUACAAUUUUUCAAAAUUGUUGUAUUACCUGUGCAUUAUUAUCCCUCAAAUAAUGAAUAAAAAUGUUGUUGACUAAG